AUUUCCCGGAGGCUGCUGUUCGUCCUACUCCCAACUCCUUGGGCCCUUUCUGCGGGUGACCGGUGGUAUGUCCCAAACUAGGCCUGAUAUGGGUGACACCAGGGAGAGAUCCAAAAGGUCUGCUAAGGCUCCAAGGAGGUUUGAUGAAGAGGAGGAUUCAUCUGGAAAGAAGAAGAGGACAGCAGUUACAUCAGCUGGUGAUGCUGUGGUCGUCUGUGACCCCCCCUAUUGUUUCUAUGCUGUCUUCUGUACCUAUUUCUAUUUCUUCCCCUGCAGUAUUUUCUGCUGCUGGGGCCUUUCCUGUUACUACAGCUUUUCUCCCUAUCUAUUAUAUCCCUGUUUCUAGUCCUUCUUCUGGGACUAAUUUUCCUGCCCCUGUCUCCCUUCCUAGCCUUGUUUCCUCCUCUGCUAUCUCUUUACCUACUCAUACCCUAACCCUGGGGCCUCUGGACUUUCCCACUCAUUGUGCUGUCCCUGACUUGGCCGGCCUGUCCCUCUCUGCCCCUAGUAUUCCCCCUCCUCGGUCACUAGUGGCAUCAUUUGCCUCUGACCUGGAGAGGGGGGCAGCAGAUGAGCUGCUGCUACAUUCACUGGAGCUCCGCUUUUCUCAGCGGAGCCCAGUGAGAUCCCCCUUGCCGGCAUUUGUUUCCGGACUGCAGGGCAUGGAGGGUAGGCAGGGUGCUCUGUUUUUGGAGCCACAUGGCCGGUCGGGUCUCUCUGAUCCUUCCUCCGGUCCCGCGCGCGCGCCUGACUUGUCUCCGCCCUCCUUUGUCCCGGCCGCCAUCUUGGAUCCUGGGACAUCGUGUUUGCGGCUAGGAGUGGUGGCGGCUAUGUCGGGCGUGUGCGCUGUUCCGGUGGCAGAAGGAUCUGGUCCGGUGGAGGUAAGGGGUGCUCCUCGGGCAGGCAGGGGGUCCCGCGGGUCUCUUACCCGCACAGUUAGAGGAGGUCAUUAG